AUGUCCGGUGAGCUCGAGAAUGGUUGGGACGCGCGGCUUGAGGCGCAGCCAAAGCCAAGACCGAAGUCCGCACCGGCGAAGCCGCGUGCCGACCCAGGCCCUUCGCUCAGCCCAAGCGAAGCAAGCUUCGUCGUUGCCCAUCGCAUCCAACAGCAGCAGAUCCAGCGCGGUCAAUUCUGGAUCGAGGAGAUGCGGCGUGAGCACGCGGAGGCCGAGAGGAAGGCGCGGAUUGCGCAGGAGAAGGCCCGCCAACUGUCAGACCAAGCUGUCCACCGUGAACUGCGGCAGGCCAUAGCGCAGGCGGCAAGACUCGAGGAGCCCGAGCUUGAAAGGUCCCAAAGCCUGCGCCGCAAGUCCGUCUCCUUCGGAGGGGCUCAGGAUCCCGAGGCCGUGACCGAAGCCCAUGGAGGCCAAAGCGAGGCCAGGGAGCCGGAAGCGAGGCGUGGCAGCAUCCUAAAGUCCAGCUCCUUCUGCAGCCGCACGGCUAACUACGAGGAGAGGCUUGAGGACGCGCGAGAGUCGGCUCGAGCGAACGGAAUGCAGCGCAGGCACAGCACCUGUGGCAGUGUGAGUUCCGAAGGCGACCCCGGGCUGCCCUCUCUGUCGGUCCUCCGGGCGCUGCGGAAGGAAGCGGAAGCCCUGGUCAAGUACACGCAGGAGGCAAAAGUCCGCACCCAAGAAGAAAAGAGAGACAAAGCGAUUCGGGAGGUCGUCGAAAGAUCGCGAUGUGCACAAGAAGAGCGACUGCACCAGGCCACAAUAGCGCUGGCGGAGACUAUCGCAGACAUCGCUGAUGGCAGGAUGGCGCCUACGAGUUCAUCGAGCAAAAUGUUGGUGGGUACAGAGAACGUGCACGCAGAGCCGAUGCAGCAGAACCAGCUGCUUGCACAGGAAGAGAGGCGGCCUCCACGCCUCCAAGCGAACCCGGAUCCACCACCGGCUGCUGGUCACAUUACAGUGGAGGCUUCGCAGCUGGAAGCUCCCUCUUCGGCACAGCCUUCUGCAUCCGCGCACAUAGGGGCCAAGAGGGAGGAGCAGAUGCUCGCGCAGGAGGAGAGGCGGCCUUCACGUCUCCAGGCGAAUCGGGAUCUGCUGGCUGCUGGCCACACUUCAGUGGCGGAGGCUUCGCAUUUGGACCUUCUUCCUUCGGCACAGCCAUUUGCAUGCACAUCCAGGCACAUAGAGACCAAGAAGAAGGAGCAGACGCUCGAACAGGAGGAGAGGCGGCCUUCACGUAUCCAGGCGAAACAAGAUCCACCGGCUGUCAGCGUGCCAGUGGAGGAGGCUUUUCAGCUGGAAUUUCCUUCGUCCGCGCAGCCUUCUGCGUCCACGCAUACAGAGGCCAAGCUCGCGCAGGAGGAGAGGCGGCCUUCACGUCUCCAGGCGAAUCGGGAUCUGCUGGCUGCUGGCGACGCUUCAGUGGCGGAGGCUUCGCAUUCGGACCUUCUUUCUUCGGCACAGCCGUUUGCAUGCACAUCCAGGCACAUAGAAACCAAGAAGAAGGAGCAGAUGCUCGAACAGGAAGAGAGGCGGCCCUCACGUCUCCAGGCGAAGCAGGAUCCACUGGCUGUCAGCCUGCCGGAGGAGGCUUCCCAGCUGGAAAUUCCUCCGUCGGCGCAGCCUUCUGCGUCCACGCACACAGAGGCCAAGCUCGCGCAGGAGGAGAGGCGGCCUUCACGUCUCCAGGCUGUUAGUGCUUCAGCAGAGGAGCUGGAAACUGCCCUUUCAGUACAACCUUAUGCAUCCAGGCUGCUUGCACUGAAUGAAAGGCGGCCAUCACACCUGCUAGCGAAGCAGGAUCCAUUGGCUUCUGGCAACAUUCCGGUGCAAGCGGCUUCACAGCUGGAAAUUCCUCCGUCGGCACAGCCGCCUGCCAGGCACGUAGCGGCCAAGAAGGAGGAGCAGAUUCUCGCGGAGGAGGAGAGGCUGCCUUCAGGUCGCCAUGCGAAUCGGGAUCCACUGGCUGCUAGCAACGCUUCGGUGGAGGCUUCGCGGUUGGACCUUCUUCAGGAGCAGAUGCACGCACGGGAAGCGACGCGGCUUCCAUCCUCCCAAGCCGAACAGGAUCCACUGGUUGUUGGCGACAUUCCUUUGGAGGUGGCUACCGAGCUGGAGACUCCACCUCGGCGACCCUCGAUGCCUGCAGUGAGCCUUGGUGAUGAGACGUCCUGGAAGGCCACCGGUGCUCCAUGCCGACCUCCCCAAACCACUCUUCUCAACAUGUCCAAUGAAAAUGAGAUGCUGCCGGAGCCUCGCAAUUCAGCCUCUACUCAAGGCCUUGCUAAAGUACUCGACGCCUUGGAGGCGCAGGAGGAGGGUUUGGCAGACACCACCGGCCUCUUCCGCGGCCGUCCCAAUCACAAAAACAGUGCUCAGCAUCGAGGUUGCUGUGACUUCCAGUCUGCGAAGGCAGUGCGGCCUGCGUUCUUCACUGAAGCGAACUCCGUGGAACCAGCGAGCUCUCGUCAAGGCCCGAAGCCCUUUGCCGCGCGCACUGGGCCAAAGGAAGACGAGGUGGCCAGGGAGAAAGCUGCCGAACAGAGAGCACCAGAGGCAGUGCAGCCCACGGCAGUGCAGCCCACGUUCGUCACCGAACCCGGCACAUUGCACUUCACCAGCCUGGAUCAGGAUGGCAGAAUUCCGUGCUCAGAUGGUUCAUGGCAAGAGCCUGAUCUUCCUGAGUUUUGUCCUACAAAAGCUCUCCCCGGGAGCAGAGCUUUGCCGGGAUCGCAGCGCGUGAAGCCGUCACAGCCGUCGGAGCACCGACCGAUCCUUGCUCGGCCUCGGCCGGACCAGGCGCAAGAAGAAUUCCGUGGUGUCAUGCCGGCCGCCCAACAGCAGCCAAUCUCGGAGUCGCCUCGCGUCGAGACGCCGGACCAGUCAGCUGCACGCGCAGUCUGCUCCAGAGCAAUGCGAGUCUUCUGCGCCCUUGCAAGUGGCAAAGCAAGCGAGGUGCAUGAGUGGGACAGUGACGACGAGACCGUUGAAGAUACUGGAGGGUGUCUAUCAGCCCGAGGAGCUCGGACACAAGUGCCCGAUCCAGAAGAGAUGGAGAAUGCUGCGCGCUCCAUGGCGGCCGCUUGGCCUCUGGCCUGGGCAGCGGUUGCCUCCAGCUGGGCCUCUUCGAGGUUUUUAGACCUCGUCGAGACGAUGUCGCCGGCAGGAAAGAAGAGGCUGAAUCAGCACCUGCAGUCAGACUACGUCUUUCAGGACGAGGAGCAAGCUGCGAAGGGGAAGGCAUUGGAGGCAUCCCUGGCGCGGCCGCAGGGCUCGGUGAGAGCGGCCGAAAGCCAAGCCCAGCGGUGCCGGGAGCUCCUGCCAAGACCAAGGCGAUUGCAGCCACCCGGCGAGCCGGCUGCAAUGGUCAAUCAACUAGCAAGCCCUAGUUCGAGCAGAACGAGUUCCCCCAGCUGCCGACCGCCUCCGGCAGUCUCCCCUGGCGCUGCCAAAGCCAUGUUCGACGUUGCCGAGGAGAACAUCGCCUAUGCGCUUGAGGACGCUUUGUCUACAGCGGCCGAGCACACAUCCAGGCCGUCCUCUCCGGCCGCGACGAUGUUAGCCGGUAUUCAGGAUCCGGAGCUGCCAACAUGGGCGGAAUCCCGCAGCUUGCCUUUCGCUUCGCCGGACCUGUCGGCGGCGACAUCCCGCGAAAAUUCGCCGCUGCGAACACACGAGGCGAGCAGCAGGAAGCCUGGUCAGCGGCCAGGUCGUGUGCUGCUUGCGAAGAAGGCUGGGCGCAACGGCAAGGUGAAACCUCUGGGUGCUAUGGAAGCCUCGGACACCGACGAGGCCCCGGGCACUCAGUUCAUCAAGGCGAAGUCUCCUGUGGUUCCCGGGCGGAAGCCCAGAGCUGCAUCGAAGGUGAUGAAGCAGCCCUUCCGCCGUCCAGAGUGGCCAGAUCUAGGCAUCGUCUCGUGUGCUCCCGGAGUGGAUGGCCAUCCAGCAUUCUGCCUCUGCUGGGGAGCCUGUGAUCCUUCCCGACAUUCCUCUGUUGCACGCCUGGAGCUGCAAUGCAUACCACUUGACAAGGACGAGGUCGCGGUGGCAAAGUACGACCUCGGGCCCUGGGAUGCUGUUGAGACCUGCAGUGGUUCUGGGAAGGAAGGAAGGCUCUGGCGUAUGUCCUUCGUUUACGCUGGCGGCCCUUCAACGAUUCUCGCAAAGACCGAGCGAUGUGUCCAGCGGUUUCCGGCACACGUGGGGAAUGGGAAGCAGCCAGCACGCGUCUACUUCACCGGCCCCCGGCAAGGUGAUGCUUUGGCACUUAGGCUUCGCGCGUGGUCUCGCAAGGAGGGCGCGUGGACGCCCUUCGGCAGCGUCUUGGUUGUCGCUCUGGCUGACCUGGGCGGCGACGGCAACCUGCAAGGCGUCACCACUUCACCGCAGCUGUUGGCAAACAUCCGGGCAACAGCACAUCCCGGCGACUGA